AUGUGUAAAUUAUUCACUAAUUUUCCUUUAUUAUACAAUAUUUACACUUUGCCUAGUUUUAGAAUGAGUGAAAAAUCUACCGAUAACAAGGAGGAAAUUUCUCCAGAUUCCAACGAGGAGAAAAAGGAAGACCAUCCUUCUGAAACUGCCACAAGUGAAAACUCUUCGGGAAAUUCGUGGAUUCCAGGUUUGGCUGCUUCUUGGACAAUUUCAACAUUUGAAAUGAUGAAGAAAGAUAUCCAUGAGUUUUCGGAUACUCUUCAACAAGGAGCGAAUACUUUGGCUGGAGCUACUGUCAAACAAGCUCACCAUAUUCAAAAUUUGAUUGCGCCAGUUCCUGAUAAUGUUGCUAAUGAAGAAGAAAAAAAGACUGAAGAAGAAGGAACUUCAAAACAAUCAUCUGAAGAAACCAACAAAACUUGUAAGGAUAAAUCUGGACUGUUUAAUUUUGGUUGGAUGAAACAAGUUGUUGACACUGUUCACAAAUAUGCUACUGAAGAUACAGUGGAAGAUGAAUGUACCGAAGAACUUUUUAUUGGAACAGGCGGACGAAAAACAAUUCUUGACCAGUUCACAUUACUUCAAAUGCAAAAUGAUCCCCGUACUUUCACUCAAGCUCCCCAACAAAAUGUUGAUUUAUACAAGGAAUGGCUUAAUGAUUUUAAAAUUUCUGAAUAUAAUGGCGAAAUAAAUUUACUUUUGAGCAACAAUCCUCGACUUAGAGAAAUUUAUGCAGAAUUGGUACCUUCCCAAGUUGAUAAUAAUGCCUUUUGGAAUCGUUAUUUUUUCAAAGUUCAUUUAAAGGAAUUGGAUAAACAAAUUGCUAUGGUUGAAAACCCUUCUAUUAAUUUAACAAAAACAGGUUUCUUUUCUUUCUAUUUUUGUCUUAUUAUUUUAGACACCACCGUCCCAAAAGAAGGCCAUAGCCCAGCUCCUAGUAAUGGAGUAGAUGACUGGAGUAUGUGUAGCAGUGGACCCGCUCCCGAGGAAUUGGACGAAGAAAAUGGACGUGAACAAGAAACUUCUACCCCUAGACCUCAAAAAGAUGAUGAAGUUGAUGAUUGGGAGGAAUGUGUAGAUGAUACUAAUGGUAAUAAUAAAAAUGAAAUUUCUACAAAAAACAAGGAUUAG